CCGAUUGAAAAACAAUGUAAAAUAUUAAAUCAUGUUUAAUGGUGAUGAAUCUUACAUGUGCUAUGCAUAACUAAAUCAUUGAUAAUGAUAAAUCUGACCUUAAUGAUGUUAUGAAAAAAUUAGUGAAAUGAAUUUACUAAAAAGACCCUUGGACGAUUCGGCUUUCCGAGCUGAAAGCAAAAAAUUGAGAUAUGAAAAAUGGACAGAAUUUCAAAUUCAACUUGAAACGUGUAUGGAGAAAAAAUGUCUGUGCGAAGUUUCACUUGGAGAUAUUUUAAUACAUUUAGACCCUGUGUUAGCUGGAGUUCCUAGUCCCGAGGUUCUGUGUAGUCUGGGGUUCCUUGGUUGGCUGGGAGAAACGUUCCAUGAAGAAAUGGUCGGCGGAACGGUCUGUUCCAGAAUUCACUGUCUUGUUUCCCAUAUUCUUAAAAACGAUCAGUUCUUUCUUGUCAUACUUAAUUAUAUCAAGGAUGGUUGUGAGUACUUGAAGUAUAGUUGUGUACAAGCCCUUAGUUCUCUACUGCCCCUCUCAUACUGUGGUCAAGAUAUAUCUAUUAGCACUACACAAAUAUUUAUUAAAAAAUUGCUAGAUCAGCUUCUGUACGCUCCUGAGAGUUUAAACAGGAGCUGUGCUGCUCCUGUAGCAUCGGCUGGUCUAGGACUGGAAGAGGAUGAACAGGAAGCUCAGGAGGAGGACCAGGAUAACACAUUGUCAGAGAAAAUAUUAGAACAGCAGUCCUGGCUAAUCAGGAUUUUGUCGGAUCUAGUUUGCCACGGAGGAAAUCUGAAAGAAGAUAGUGCUGUGCCUGUCCCAUCAGCAAACUGUAAUUCUGUUAAAUUAGAGGAUGAAGUGCUAUGUCAGGAAUUUCAAAUUAAAUGCUUCAUCGUGAAAUCCUUGGAACCUCUUUGGGAAAAAUUCGCAAAAUCUUUGGCAACCAUCACUGGUAAAUCCGCGAAAACAGAGCGAAGCGGCAUGAGAUUGCUGGGGGGCGUUCUAGUAGUGACCGGUGCCGACACAUACGUAACUGAAGGAUUUCGAUUAUGGAAAUCCUUGUUAUGCAUCAGAGCUAAUCUUAACUUUGUGGACAGUAGAAACUUUGGUGCACAUCUCUCCCUUCCACUCUAUUCACUUCAGAUAAGAACCCCGGGUUGUAUUUGGAGAUGUGUUCUUGAUACCGUAUCCGAAUGUCUGUGCUACGGCAGCACUUUAGGUCUGCAAUCCAUACCCCCAGAGGAGCCAUGUCAACUGGCACAUACCCUAAUUAGACUGGUUCGGUUUGAAGGAUUUCUCUCUCGUGUACCAUACAAGGGAUACUCUGGGUUUGGAGGACAAGCAGUUAAAGAUGAUACCUGGAUACAGGACAGACAGGAGAGUAGGGCAGAGAAGGAGGGAGAAGGAGAGGAACGAAGAGAUGUAGGCUACGAUCGAGGAAUGGUUCAGAAAAUAGUUUUGAUAAUACUUAAGGCAGUUGCACUUACAACCAGAGAAUCCAGGAUGGAUUCUAGCAGUGGAGAAUCUGAUUCAAGUUUAAGCUCUCGAGAGUCUGGGGAUAGCUGUAGCUCAGAUCUUGUUAUUAUAGAGCGGAAUAUGAGCGGGAUGUAUAAACAACUUGAUGCCUGGAUUAAAGCUGUCAUACCUGUCCUACCGGACUCUAAACUACAAGACAAUCUACUGCAUGUCCUGCAAGAACAAGAUGAUGUUCUUGUGGAAGGUCUUCUUUGUCUUCUGGACACUCAUCUAGCACUUCAUUUACCCAAUAGAGAUUAUCAGGAUGUAUAUGAAUGCAAUCCUAUCUCUGGGUUCUCCAAGUUUCUAUCUAUAGUUGGAGGGGACUCAAGUGUACUCCUGGAUUUUCUAGUCUCCAAUGAAACCUGUUUCCUUCUGUAUUUACUCAGAUACCUGAAAUUCAUUGUCAAGGAUUGGAUUGGAUUUAUGAGAGUAAGUGGAGAGGAGUAUAACAACACUGCCACAGUUCUACUCAAGCUUAAGCAAUCAAUUGCAAAGUUGCUUGAUAAAGACUUGUUCCCGUACAACAUUGGACCCGUUUACAAACUUAUGGAGAGAGUUGAAGUUUUAGUACAGCAAAACAAACACAGAUAGUAUACAGUAAAGUACAUCAAUUAGCCAUAAUAGUACACUAUAUUAUUUGAACCGUGCACAGUGUACACUGUACAGUGUACAAACCUUCCAGAUCUAGAACUACGUUUGGGUGCUCAUGUCCAAUGUCCAUGUUACUUUAAUAAUCCAGUUUUAUUAAAGUUUUUCAUUCACGUUUUCUAAUAUAACGGUUAACUAUAACGCCCUUUUUACAAGCUUUUGGUGAAUAGGGGGGGGGGGGGAGUGAAGAAAGUUUAUAUGCCUUUGUCUGGAAGAACAUUGUUAUAAAUCAGUAUUUUUUUUGUGUAAAGUGUAAAUUGUAAAUUGUUCAGUUUAUAACUUGAAUCUCGUGUACAUAUAUGUAACUGCGCUUUUAAUGUAAAUUAAAUUUAUUUGCAUCCAA